AUGGAGUCGUUUUGGACUGUGCUAUUAGGCUUGGUUUUUGUUGCAAACUCGGAAAUUAUAAAGUAUAUUGGAGGUAAGGGUUAUUUCGAUUGAGAUUUUAUAGAAAGUCUGUUUUUUCUGGAAUUUGAGGGACCAAGCUUUCAAGUUAUACCUCUACAUGUAUGCUGAAAAUUCGCUAAAACCCUGUCCUUUUAGAAGCCCCAAUUGUCGACAUUAAAUUCAAGAAAGACGAUAAUGUCAACUUUUCGGUAAUCGUCGAGCUAGAAUCCCCUUCCAGCUUUGUUCUGGGCAAGGAAUGCGCAAAAAGCGGGACUUGCACUCGAUACAACCAUAAAACAACCUAUGAUUCGGAGUAAGUCAUCGUUUCUAAAUUCUCUACUUUUCUGAAGUGUUUACGGCGCAACCUUUGUUGAAGAAGUCUCCCUAAGAUACGACAACGCAAAUUUGGAAGGGAAGAAAUACAGGGGAUAUCUGGAAACUCCACUGGGGCCCAGUGCCACUACUGAAUAUAAUAUUGUUGUAAAAACUUCGAAACCAAUUGGAUUGGCAGCCAGUGGAGUAAUCGGAUUGGAGAAUAGAGAGACAAUGAAGCAGAUAUUUGCAGGAAUGGAUAAAACGAAGGAAUUGACCUUCAGAAGAGGACCGUUUACACAAUUUUUGGUAAGUUCAGUGGCUUGUGGGAACACUGACAGUUGACGUUCUUGUAAAACAUCAGCCAAAAUAAUAGAAAUUUCGCGUCCCGACUUUUCGGGUCGGCGACAGUUCGGAUCAACACAAAAUCGGUCGUUACGGGGCUUAGGGCAGGUGGAUACCCUAAAAAGGUUGUAGAAAGUGCUGGCCUGGCAAAGCCGCUGGAUUAUUGGCGGACUUUGAGCGAAGACUCGGCGGAAGCUUGGCGAAGACUUGCAAUAUGUUCACUUUUUAUAAUUUUAGCUAUUACUAACGUUAGUUUUCUUUACGCUGAGUUAUUGUGACAUAUGCAAGACCCAAAUUUGCGAAGAUUGGUGACUUUUAUCUAGAUAUUAUUGAUGUGAGUACGUGUAAAAUGCCUCAACAUAGCUGAUAAGCUAGAGCAUCAAUCUUAUUAUUUCUAUUAACGAAGCCUUCUCCUAUCCUCUCUGAUCCAUACAACGACGAACAGAUCCGUAGUCGUUAACCCGAAAAGUCGUAGCGCCGAAAAUUGAGUUGGUAAUCCCUUGCAUAACCACAAGAUUUUCUAGCAAAAACAACGUCGCUACUACGCUCACGGUGAGAUUUCAACGAAUGGAGACAAGCUGGGAGGUUGUGGUACUUUUGUUUAUCAAGAUACCAUCGAUGACAAAUGGAAAAUUCGAGCUGAGUAGGCUGACAUUCAUCAAUAUAUUUUUGAUAAUUAUUAUCACAUCUCAAACUUAUUAGGUUGGGGAAUAAGUCCGCAACGAUUUUUUUAUUGCUUCGUCCUGCAACGAUUGUUUGUUGUUUGGAAAAGUUUAUAUAUGCAUUCGAAAGAGUUUUGUCUCCUCUACAAAACUGUGUUUUUAGUUUUUUUUGAAAAUUUAAUUUUUAAUUAUUUUUUGGGCUUAAAAGUGAACCAUCUAGGAGGCAAAAAUUUGCGUUUUCGACACCUGCUUUUUUCGCCGAGCAGUACGUGGACGCAAACGGCGGUCUUUGUAUCGAAUCAUCUUCGGGGAUGAAAAUGGUGUCUGUACGUCAAUAUAAAACAAAAUGUUGACUGUUUCCUGGAGUGGGUAGCCCCAGGGGACAGUCAAGCAAGAUCCCCACCCAAAAAGGCCAUGAUCUGCAUUUGGGGGACUGGGAAGGCAUGGUGCAUUGGGACAUGCCUCAAAAGAACGCCACCGUCAACAAGGAGCUAUAUGAUGCCCAACUACACCUCGAAAAUGGGGCUAUUCGACUGAAAUCAAGGCCAAGUCAUCUUGCUCCACGAGUCAUCUUGCUCUCAUGUUGCACAAGUCGUCAAAACCGCACUCCAUGAGUUCGAAUGGGAGGUUAUUUAGCAUCCACCAUACUCUCGGACCUUGCGCCAACCGAUUACCACCUUUUCCGGUCUCUGUCAAACCAAAUCCGAGGUGAAAAAUUCGAUGGCGAAGAGGACCUCAAAAACGUUUUAAGCCCAAAAAAUAAUAAAAAAUUAAAUUUUCAAAAAAAACUAAAAACACAGUUUUGUAGAGGAGAAAAAACUGUAUCAAAUAAUAUAUAUAACCUUUGCCAAACAACAAACAAUCUUUGCAAAACAAAACAAUAAAAAGCUCUACGAACUUAUUCCCCAACCUAAUACAAUUUUAGUGUUAAGAUCGGAGAGAAGUCCUAUCCAAAUCGGAAAAUUACCUUCAACUUGGGGUACUUUAUUGCCAUCCCCAAGCAAAUUCAAGCAGUGCAUUACAACGACAUUAAGGACCCUGAAAAGAUUCCGUCGCUUUCUAUUACCUUCCAAAACACCGAAUUCAAAAUACCGCCAAAGAAUUUUGUUCAAUACUUUGACCACGAACACAAGGAACUGACUGUUUACACGAUUCCUCAAGCCGAUGGAAUUGAAGAUUUUGAGCUGGGAGAGAAUUUUCUCAGCGAUUUUUGUAUAUCCCUAAAGACCAACGAAGCCAUCGAUAAAUUUGAGCUGGGGCUGGCACCAAGUGAGCCAUUGGAUUCGGAUUCGAAGUGGAUUGACUACCCAGGGGACGACGAUGACAAAGGCAAAGCGUCGGCCAAGACUUGUCUCAACUUGUCGCUGAUUUUUGUUGCCGUUGUUUUGAAAUUUUGGGUUUGAUUUUGAUCAAAGAAUAAAGUGACACGCCGAUGGGAAUCAAUACAAGCUCAACAAGACCCUCGUUGACAAAACUCGGCCAAUAAUUUUCAAGGUCAAAGAAGGGACUCUCAAAAUUCCUUACGAUUCUUUUCAAUACGAUGAAUAUCCUCUCACCUUCUUCGCCAAUGCAUUGGAUCCGAAUCCGGACAAUGUUCAGUGGGUAGCCGGCAACAUGAUCUUCCAGGAAUACUGCGUGACGUUGGACUAUGUUAGGAAUACGACUGCCUUUGCAAAAUUAAUCAAAAGAUGA